AGCAGGAGGCGGCGGUUUAGCAGGUAAGAAGCCGAACUUCGGAGGCGUUGGGAAGUCCGUCUGGCCGUCAUCUCUCAACCUCUUACCAUCCCGACGCUUUUCGGGAGCACAAAAGAUUUAUGGUCCGAAUCAUGUCUAGAGCCAGCAGUAAGCUCGCUCUUUUCCUCUGCGGCUGUUACGUGGUUGUCCUGGGAGCCCACGACGGGAAGCAUCGCGAGGCUGAAGGUCACGUGGCUGAAUAUUACACGGCUGCCGUCUAUGAGCAUCAGUCGAUCUUAAGUCCAGACCCUCUAGCUCUCACCACCCGAAAGGAGGCCUUGGAGCUAAUGAACCAGAACCUCGACAUCUAUGAACGGCAAGUGAUGGCUGCAGCCCAAAAGGGUGUACAGAUUAUAGUGUUUCCAGAAGAUGGUAUUCAUGGGUUCAACUUUUCAAGAACAUCCAUAUACCCAUUUCUGGACUUCAUGCCGUCUCCCCAGUUGGUGAGGUGGAACCCAUGUCUGGAGCCUCACCGGUUCAAUGACACGGAGGUCCUCCAGCGCCUGAGUUGUAUGGCCAUCAGGGGACAGAUGUUCCUGGUGGCGAAUCUCGGCACAAAGCAGCCUUGUCAUAGCAGUGACCCAGGGUGCCCAAAUGAUGGGAGAUACCAGUUUAACACGAAUGUUGUGUUCAGUGAUAAUGGAACCCUUGUUGACCGCUACCGCAAACACAACCUCUACUUUGAGGCAGCUUUUGAUACCCCUCCCAAAGUGGAUUACAUCACCUUCGAUACCCCAUUUGCUGGCAAGUUUGGCAUCUUCACUUGCUUUGACAUAUUAUUCUUUGACCCUGCCAUCAGGCUCCUCAGAGACUCCGGGGUGAAGCAUGUUGUAUACCCAGCUGCCUGGAUGAACCAGCUCCCACUCUUGGCAGCUAUUCAGAUUCAACACGGCUUUGCCAUUGCCCUUGGCGUCAACAUUCUGGCAGCUAACAUCCACCACCCAUCUUUGGGGAUGACAGGGAGUGGCAUAUACACCCCUCUGCGUUCCUUUUGGCACCACGACAUGGAAAACCCUAGAGGUCACCUUGUAGUUGCCCAGGUAGCUAAAAAUCCACUGGGUCAUACUGGUACAGAGAAUGCAACAGGUAAAAUGAGCCCAUCUCAUACUAAGUUUUUAAAAAUCUUGGCAGGCGAUCCAUACUGUGAGAAGGAUGCUCAAGAAGUCCAUUGCGAAGGAGCCGCCAAGUGGAACAUGGACACUCCUCCCAUGUUUCAGUCUGAGAUGAUGUAUGACAAUUUCACCCUUGUCCCUGUGUGGGGAAAGGAAGGCCAUCUCCAAGUGUGUGCGAAUGGCCUCUGCUGUUCCUUACUUUAUCAGAGGCCCAACCUAUCCACAGAGCUGUAUGCCCUGGGGGUCUUUGAUGGCCUUCACACAGUGCAUGGCACUUACUACGUUCAAGUCUGUGCCCUGGUCAAGUGUGGGGGGAUUGGCCUUGAUACCUGUGGGCAGGAGAUCACAGAGGCCACCGGGAUAUUUGAGUUUCACCUCUGGGGGAACUUCUCCAGUUCCUAUAUCUUUCCUCUGUUUCUGACCUCAGGGAUGACCCUGGAAACCCCUGACCAGAUUGGCUGGGAGAAUGACCACUAUUUCAUGGAGAAGAGUGGGCUGUCCUCAGGCCUGGUGACAGCAGCUCUCUAUGGGCGGUUGUAUGAGAGGGACUAGGGGAAGCGUGUGAGGUGGAUGCUGGCCGCCACGUGGACAGCUAUACUUCCACAGGCCACAGGUCAAAAGCACUGUGACCUCCUCUCUACCCCAAAGGCGGGAACCACUUCUGCAGCAUCAGAUCUCACCCUGGGAACUAUGGAAAGAAGUAGGAGAUGCAGAUUCCCUCAGCAUUUUUUCUCUUGAACAUGAAUUACUGAGACAUGUUCUGGUAUUUUCUACUCACAUUUGUCUGUUUCAAGCCACAUCUUCCUCCCAAGAAAUCUCUCAGUACACGAUUGGUUUUAAGAGCUCAAACAAAAAUAAAUGUCAAUUUAUAUUUUACAUAUUCACAAAGCAGGGUUUUGUUUGUUUUCUUUUCUUGUUCUUGUUGAUCAAGUGACAUCCAGGAAUUAUAACCAUUUUGCAUGCCUCCAACAUUCUCUAAAGUACGAACCAAACUCUUAAGGCAAAAGCUGUAUUAGAAGUGACUGUUGUAGGGACCUUUCUCAUCACGAUUGACUAGAACUCUCUUCAAAUGAAAUGGUAACACCAAAGCCACCAACGACAUCAGAAAUGUGGCCUGUGAAGCAGCUUUUAAAAAUGUGAAAGAAGUUUUUCUCACAUCUGCCUGUCAGUACAUGGAACGUGUCAGGCAGGACUCAGGAUAACUGGAAAGAAAGUGCAGUGCCCCGGACAGAGAGAGAGAGAGAGAGUGGGACUGGAAAAAAGCAUUGGAGAGAGAAGGGCAGCCACGGAAUGUUAUGAGUAAUAGAAUUUUUUCUGUACAACGUGUCUCACCCAGGAAUCCAGGGAUCUUAGUCAUGCUAGCUUUGACCUACCAGCCACUCCAAGGGAAACAAUAUGGCGGUAUGCUUCCAUAAAGAUUACAGCCUUGGCAGCUCUGGCAACCCUAUGAGGCAUUUCUGCUCUGUCUUACAGGGUUCCUAUGAGUUGGAAUCGACUCAAUGGCAAUGGGUUUGGUUUGGGAUUUUGGAAAGUUGCCCAACCUCGCAGAAUAGAAUGAUCCUGGUAUAAUUCAAUCCACAGCCCCACACAAGGGUCUCCCCUCUGCAGAGAAGCACGGUGCCCCAUAAAGAUAAGUGGCAGCUAGUAUGCUUCAUUCAUUUAUGAAUCACUCACCAGGCAUUUACGGAGCACCCACUAGGUACAGAGUCGGGGCUCCCACUCUUCCCAUAUGCAAAGUCGUCGGUGGGAGAAGAGUUGCAGGCACCUCAUAUUCAGUGCGGUGAAGACGUUUGUAGGCCACUGGUUUCUGUAUUAUUUGUACCCAACAUUUGAAACCCAUUUAAAAAAGGAUUUUGACUCUGCCCAGUAACUGUCAGAUAACUUUUUAAGUAGACAAUUGAUAACCUGUGAUUAGCCUCUUAACCGCUGUAGCUAUUUAGUUAUGUCUUCUUUUUAAAUUGAUUUUUUUUAACUGCCUAUGCUCCAUAUAUAAAUACAGAAUUGUAUAAAGUAAAAAAUGAAAAUUUUCCUCCCUCAGUGUGGUCUUGCAGAUCCUUUUCCAGCUUUUAGGCAGGAGAAUUCAGAGCAUAGAUUCUAGAGCAGAUGGACCGCGUUUACAUUCUUGGCCUCACAGCUUACUCCUCGCUGUGUAGACCUUGGACAAUGUAUUUCAACCUUGCUGUGGCCCACUUUUCUCAUUUGUGAAAUGGUACUGAGUAAUCCCUGUGGGAAAGCCACAGAGGCAGCCUCAUCGGCUGGCUAACUGCAGCCUCACAAAGGCCUGGAAUGAGUCAAGUCUUCAGGGUAAGCAGGAACAACUCAGAAUUCCUGAGGAGGCCCUGAGGUUCCCCGGCGCCCUGGGAAGUCCCCCUGGACUGGGAGUGGCCGACUCCCACCCAGAUGGCGGUGCUCACCCUGGCUGACGCAGAGCGGCCGGGCGGGAGGAGUGAGCUGGCGGGCGGGACGUGGCUCCGGAUGUGGUGGUGGCCGCCCACUCCGCUCUGCUUCCCUGCCCAAACCCCAGGGAAACAAAUUAUUUUAAAAAUGCGUAUCAUUGCUUCAUGCCAAGAUGAUUCAAAUCAGCCUGAGAAAGGGAGAGACACAGCAGUUACAGACCUGCUGGAAGUACUUUACCCAAUAAAUAUUUAUUAAGCACCUACUGAAUGUACAUGCUGCCCUUCCGAGCAGAGCACCUAGAACUUUCUCUGAGUUUCUUUCUGCCAACAAUUUAGAAAUAAUUGCUCAUAAAGUAGAAAUGAAGAGAGAAGUAAACAAUGAUGGUACAACAAAGUGAUUUUCACAAUAAAAAGGAGUGGCAGGACACAGUGGAGUACAAGGGAAAAUGAGUAAAAUAAAUCAUCUUCAGGAAAAAAAAUGCCUAUGACUAAAUGUUAUGAUAUGUUUUUGUCAGCUGUGAUCCUAAAACUCAGGAAACAAAUGGCAACCUUGACGAUAACAUAGAGAUAGGAAAUCGAAUGUAUUUUUGGCUGAAUCAGACUUGGGGGAAGCCACUUGGUCCAUGUGGUUUAUAACGUAGGCGCAGCUCUGCCUGUCUGUGGUUUUCGACAUAAAGGAAGUGAAAAGCACAAGGAGCUGUGCUCACACUGAGCUUAAACAGGCCUGUUCCCAGAGAAGGGAAAACCACAUCCUCCUCACAGACUGUCCGGUCUCUGCACCUGCCAAGCUCACUCCUGAGGGGAGGGCCUGCCCACAGCCCCUGCUGAGGGAAAUGCGCCAAAAAAAAAAACGAAAACCAAACCCAGUGCCGUCGAGUUGAUUCCGACUCAUAGCACCAAGACCACCCCUUAUCACUGGUGACCCUGCUCAGUACUUUGUGACCUGGCCCCCUGGCCAUAGAGAAUUGGGCCAGGAGUAAACACCUGACCCAAGCCCAGCCAAUCAGAAGGCUGGUUGGGAGCCUAUGAGGUGGCCUGGCACAGAAGCUCCACCCAGAGACACAGUGGUGACUCAGCCAAUCAAAUU